AAGAGAGAAGGCGAGACACACAGAGAAAGAGCGAGAGACACAGAUCACCACAGUGAGAGGAAGAAAGGCCACAGUCGCCGGCAGCCGAUGUGAAGACUGGACUCCGUGCACCCCUCGCCGCCUCUGCCCGGCCACAUCGAUGUUGCAGCCCGCUCGCCCGCAUCACGAUGAACGCGCAGCUGACCAUGGAGGCGAUCGGCGAGCUGCACGGGGUGAGCCAUGAGCCGGUGCCCGCCCCUGCCGACCUGCUGGGCGGCAGCCCACACGCGCGCAGCUCCGUGGGGCACCGCAGCAGCCACCUGCCUCCCGCGCACCCGCGUUCCAUGGGCAUGGCGUCCCUGCUGGACGGCGGCAGCGGAGGCAGCGAUUACCACCACCACCACCGCGCCCCUGAGCACAGCCUGACUGGCCCCCUGCACCCCACUAUGACCAUGGCCUGUGAAACUCCCCCAGGUAUGAGCAUGCCCACCACCUACACCACCUUAACCCCUCUGCAGCCGCUGCCGCCCAUCUCCACUGUGUCCGACAAGUUUCCUCACCACCAUCACCACCACCAUCACCACCACCACCCGCACCACCACCAGCGCCUGGCGGGCAAUGUGAGCGGUAGUUUCACACUUAUGCGGGAUGAGCGCGGGCUGGCAUCCAUGAAUAACCUCUAUACCCCCUACCACAAGGACGUGGCUGGCAUGGGCCAGAGCCUCUCGCCCCUCUCUGGCUCCGGUCUGGGCAGCAUUCACAACUCCCAGCAAGGGCUUCCCCACUAUGCUCAUCCGGGAGCGGCUAUGCCCACCGACAAGAUGCUCACCCCAAAUGGCUUUGAAGCCCACCACCCUGCCAUGCUCGGUCGCCACGGAGAGCAGCACCUCACGCCCACCUCGGCCGGCAUGGUGCCCAUCAAUGGCCUUCCUCCGCACCAUCCCCAUGCCCACCUGAAUGCCCAGGGCCACGGACAGCUCCUGGGCACAGCCCGGGAGCCCAACACUUCGGUGACCGGCUCGCAGGUCAGCAAUGGAAGUAAUUCAGGGCAGAUGGAAGAGAUCAAUACCAAAGAGGUGGCGCAGCGUAUCACCACCGAGCUCAAACGUUACAGCAUCCCACAGGCCAUCUUCGCGCAGAGGGUGCUCUGCCGUUCCCAGGGGACCCUUUCGGACCUGCUGCGAAACCCCAAGCCCUGGAGCAAACUCAAGUCCGGCCGGGAGACCUUCCGGAGAAUGUGGAAGUGGCUGCAGGAACCGGAGUUCCAGCGCAUGUCCGCGCUCCGCUUAGCAGCUUGCAAGAGGAAAGAGCAAGAACACGGGAAGGACAGAGGCAACACCCCCAAAAAGCCCAGGCUGGUCUUCACAGACGUCCAACGUCGAACUCUACAUGCAAUAUUCAAGGAAAAUAAGCGUCCGUCCAAAGAAUUACAAAUCACCAUUUCCCAGCAGCUGGGGUUGGAGCUGAGCACUGUCAGCAACUUCUUCAUGAAUGCGAGAAGGAGGAGUCUGGACAAGUGGCAGGAUGAGGGCAGCUCCAAUUCAGGCAACUCGUCAUCUUCGUCAAGCACUUGUACCAAAGCAUGAAGGAAGGAAGAACCACAGACUAGAACCUCGGUGGAAAAGCUUUAAAUUUAAUUUAAAAAAAGUUUUUAAAAGACCCGGACCUCGAGAUAGCAGGUUUAUUCUUAGAAAUAUUUGAAGAAAUCAAAGUGGUAUUUAUAGUCCAAAGAAACCAAAGACUGGAGCUCACCUGCAUUCUGACUUUGUUCCAAGAUGCGUUACUUCAGCGGGGCAAGACUUGGCAGGAAGAAUGAUCGAGAAAACAUCGGAUCUCAUGCCUCCCACCCCUGCGCCUCACUGUGCUUGGCUGCUCGGUGGCUCGAAGCACAGUCAUGUCUGAGCCAGCGAGCGGUCAUCUCUUAAGAUCAGACAUUCUCAUCUCUUCUACCGCACCACAAAGGUGUGUAGUGUCUCAGCAUCAUGUGUGGGUGGGUGUGCCUGUACACACACACACACACACACACACACACACACACACACCACCAGUGGUCAGGGACUCAGGCAGGGCUGGUCUUCAGGAAGGGUUGCACCGUAGGAGUGUGACCAACACAGUGUGGGAUUUCUAAAUUCAUUGGAUUUAAGGUGUGACUUCUCUCAUCUAGCCUAGCGUUUGAACCUGCCAGGUCCACCACCUAAAUGCAGAUUCAAACCCAGCAAAGAAAAUUUGAAUGGCGCCUAAACCAGUGCACUCUCUUUGUUUGUUAAGAAAUGUUCAGAUAUUUUUUAAAAGAAAUGAAACAAGAGUCCAUCCAUUAAAAGAAAUAAUAAUAAUCACCCAGGUACCAAAGAACACACAAUAUUAUAGUGCAGGUAUUUUAUUGCAAUGAUUUUAAUAACCAAAGCUAUUUUUACACAAGAUACUAUGUAAAGUUAUACGUAUGAACUGAUCUAGCUGUAAUCCACAUGCCACGUAGAUUCAGGACUAUUAUUUAUGACUCUUGAAGCGUUUGAAAUAUGAGUUUUCAGAACUGGCAAGGAAGAAUGUAGCUUCAGGGAAGCAGUUACACCAUGGCAGAGAGGUCGAUGAGUUGCACACGGGAUCCAUAAAUGCCACUUACAUAGAGAAAAGACAAUGCAUAAUUUACUCAUAGCCAGGAAGAUGUGAAGCCCCCUCAUAAACACUAGGAAACUAAGCUUAACAGGGCAGAUAACUAAAUUAGAAAAAUUGUCCAAAGUGAGCAUUUUUAGUAAAUAUCCCCCUUUAAAAAACUUAGACUAAUUUUGCUUAAAUUUACCUUAUGCAUUUGGCACCAAAUAUUUUUUUAAAUCCUUCCCAAACACUAAGGAAGCAAGCAGACUAAUAUUAAUAACACUUAGUUAUCCCAUAUGUUGCAACCAUCCUAAAAAGCAAUUGAACUGACUGUAUUGCCAAUUUGGGAUAUCCUAUCAGAAAACAGCAAGUGCCACUGAGAGAUGGUAGAA